GUCACACUCGCGUGGUACAACUGGACUGACAAAAAUGGGAAAGGUAAAGCAAUCCUAUGAGGAAAAUAAUUUUCUAUGAAGACAAGAAUUUUGAGGGCCAUCAGUAUGAAUGCAGUGGUGAUUGUGCAGAUAUGCUCUGCUAUCUUAAUUGCUGUAACUCCAUCAGGGUGGAAAAUGGAUGCUUCAUGAUCUAUGAACAACCACAUUUCAGUGGCCAACAAUACCUGCUCCGUAAAGGAGAGUACCCAGAGUAUGAGUGCUGGUUGGGAAAAAAUGACUUUGUCUGCUCCUGUCGUGUUAUUCCCAUGACACAGGGAUCUUCCCAUGAGGUGAAGCUUUUUGAAAGAAUGGAGUUUGGAGGUCAAAUGAUGGAUCUUGUGGACGACUGCCCUAAUGUGAUGAACAUUUUCCAUACAAACAAUAUAUUCUCCUGCAAAGUAGUAGGUGGAAACUGGCUCUUCUAUGAACAUUCCAACUACAGAGGCAGGAUGUAUCUUAUAAGGCCUGGAGAAUACACCAGAUUUACUGAAUGGGGAGGCAAGAGUGCCUGCGUGGGUUCCAUUAAACGGAUCAUUGAUUACUAGAGUUAACUUUACCAUUCUUCAUCUCUGCUGGCUGCUCUAAGUAAAAACUGAAAGGAAUCUUGAUUAUGUCCAUUGAUAACCAACAGAUCCUAUAUUUGAGAAGCAUUUUACAGUACUUCUGUUACUAGAUUUAUGUUCCAAUAAAUAUUCUAUUUUCUAUUAUUUGUUUAUUAUCAAUGUCAUAUACAGUACACGUUUAUAAAAACAGUAAUUAAAUGUAUUUGAUAACUGGAAAGCAUAUUUCACUUACUCUUAUAUAUAGACUUAACAUUGGCAAUAUCAGCCUGUGUUACUCAACAUGGGUUUGCGAGCUUCUGUAGUCUCUGUGCUUUUAGUUAUAUAUUAUAUUUCUUAUAAUAUAAAAAAUAUUAUUAUUCCUUUAUUUCCGGUCAAAAAAUUAAAUUCAUAGUGGACAGUAACUUUUUCAUACACUAAGUGUCUUUCUACUGGGAAAUAACAUACUAAUUAAACAAAUGCCA